AUGACAUCAAUCGUCGUCAGAUCUGCAAGUGCGCCUUCCAGCCCUCGCUCUAACAAGAUCAAUGUUGAAGAACAGCUGCAGGGCUUGAGGGAAACCAUCUCUUCAUCCUCUGCAACCAUUGAAACAAUGCUCGAUGGUUUCAGCAGGAUUGGAGCUGUGUACAACAACAUUGAGGAGAUCAUUUGCUUGCCAAGCAGUCAAGUUCUACUUUUUCAGAAUCAGCAAAGGACAGCAAUAGAGCAAGAGCUUGAGCAUUCCCUUGUGCUGCUCGACCUCUGCAGCUCUAUCCAAGAAAUUCUUUCUGAGCUCAAGACAAGCAUUCAGGAGAUGCAGUUGGUUCAUAAAAGAGGGGAUGGCACAGCUGUUCAGACCAAGAUCCUGCAUUUCAUUCGUCUGACCAAGAAGGUGCAAAAGCAGUCCAAGAAGAUCAGUAAGAAGUCUGCUUCAGCUGACCAUGAAAGCUGCAGGGUGAUCAAGCUGUUUGCCGAGGCUAGAGAGGUCGCCGUCUCAAUGCUUGAGUUUUCUUCGCAUCUCUUGUCAAAGAAGAUCGGGACAAAAGUUUCUAGUAAGUGGUCAGUUGUCUCCAAGGCAUUUCAGAAGACAACUAUUGCAUGCAAGGAGGAGCAAUUGCCGGAGAUGGAGUUGGCCAUCUUUCAUCUCGAGAGCGGAGUUGAGACUUUGUUCAGGAGAUUGAUCCAGACAAGAGUUUCUCUUCUGAAUGCUCUAAGCUUGUAGAUAGA